GAGAACUUCUGCUUCGACUCCGUGGGCAUGUUCACCUUCAACAAGGCCUCCAGCAAGGUCGCGGAGCCCUUCGGCCGCGACGCCGUCGUGGCGGUGGUGUUAAAUCUGGACGCAGCGAGCCCAAACGCCAACACGGUCAGCCUCUUCAGGGACGGGGUUCGCAUCUGCCAGCCGCAGCCGAUCCCCGACAAGUUGAAGGGCAGGCCACUCUUCCCAGCGGUGACGUUCCGAAACGUGACGGUGCACGUGAACUUCGGCCCCGAGACUCUGGCGGAGCUUCCUUUCAAGUGCCGCGCGGUCCAGGACGCGGCCGCGGUGGACUGCGAGGUUGUCACGGAGCCCAAGCCGAAGGGUGGCGCGUACGACGUGCUGCUGCCCGUCGGCUUGCCGGACGAGGGCACGUUCGAGUGGCUAGACCUCUUCCUGGAAAAGCACCCCGAGUACACGGAGCUCAGCGAGCGCAUGAUCCUCGACUGGGCCGACAAGAGCGGCAUUUGGAGGACGAGGGGGUACGGCUGGAGGCAGUGCAACGACAGGCCCGGCUGGCAGUUCGGGGUGCCCAGCCUAGACGACAGCAGCAUCAAGAGCACGCUCUACUCCAUCGCGUCGUUGCAGAAACGCCACUACGUGGUGAUGGAGGUCCGUGGGAACCUGCUGAAGGAG